GGGUAAUGUUGGGUGUGUUAAGUGUGGUGUGUGUGUGGUGAGUCUCGCGGGCUCCCCCGUCCGCUGCUGUAAUGGUUGAGUCCACUCAGCGGUCUGUGGACAGGCUGUAGGGAACGGGCGAGGAGGAGGAAUCCAACUCGGCGGAGUCCGGGUGCUGCGCUCAAAACCAGUGUCAUGAAAAUCCGAAAAGAUUACAGAAUCCACAAGGGAAAGGGAAAAGUUGGAUGGUUCUGGAUGUAUAUCAGCGCGACCAAACGGUUAAAACCUGAACAGUUCACCCAGAGGAGGUAAUUUCUGUUGUUUUGGAGGGACUGCGGGGAGGUAUCUAAGUAGACUGGAGCAGAUUUAACUUUUGCCUGAAGUGAUGAAGGAGAAGCAGCACCGCCAGCUCAACUACCAGCUCUAAAACUCAACAAAGAAGAGGAAUAAUGAAGACUGUGUGAGUCUGAGACCUUUUAAACUGCUGGAUUCCAUGUUAGCUUGUGUUUUUUGCCUCAACCCCGUUACUACGUAAGUCAGAAGUCCAGAGGGAGGAAUGGGAGGAAUGUGACUGUACUCCAGGAAUUUGAAAUAAACACUGAGCCUCUGUAGCAGACCUGUCUUCGUUUUUCUACUUAGACAAUUGUGUUACACUCUUUCUGGGAUUCAGUCACCUUCAUUUGUCAUUUAAAUGCAAACAUGUUGGUAGUGAAAGAGAAACAUGCUCACCACCGCCUCCUGACUCUCUGCCUGCUGCUUGUUCUGUCAUUCUUUGUCCCAGUCUCUUCUCUGGACUGUCCUGAUAAAUGUAUUUGCACAUCAACAACGGUAAAAUGCCUUUACCAGAACUUAAUAUCCAUUCCACAGCCUCUACCACCAAACACAACAGCACUUUUCCUCAAUGGAAACAACAUUACCCAUCUAACUGAGGACUCAUUCCCUGCUCCUCUAGAGUUUUUGACAGACCUCUAUCUGUCUGGAAACCAAAUAGAGCAAGUGGACCCUGGAGUGUUUGACAACUUGCCCAGUCUCCAUUCACUAGACCUGAGCAACAACAGGAUGCUGAAUUUCAGCCCUGAUGCUUUCCCAGAGAACAAUAAGCUUAAGGUCUUAAACCUCAGUCGCUCUUUGUACAACGUUUCGUACACGGGCAUAAUUUCCAACAUUUUAAAGCACAGUGUUCCUAAACUUUCCCUUCUUAACCUGUCCAGCAGUGACCUGAUCCUGCUUCCAGAUACCAUUACCAGUUUACCUGACCUAAGCACUUUGGACUUGAGGAACAAUUCAAUAAUCUCAAUAAAAAAUGUCACUUUCAGAAGUCAAGGGUUAAACCAUCUUGACCUGCGGGACAACAUUCUGAAGAAGAUACCCAAUGGGACUUUGGCCGAUUUCAGCCAGAUACCUGGGCUUCGACUCUACCUGGCAGAUAACCCAUGGGUUUGUGACUGCGUAAUGAAGGACAUGGUGACAUGGUUACAGAAAUAUGAUUUUGUUGCUGACAAAGUGAACUUGACUUGUGAUGAGCCUCAAAAAUUAAGAAACACCCCUCUCCUGCAUGUUGACAAGGGGAAGCUGCAGUGCAACCUCUCUCCUUCACAGAAAGAUGUUAGCCUAGAGACAUCAUACAUCUUUCUGGGUAUGGUAUUGGCCCUCAUCGGGGUAAUAUUUCUGCUGGUCCUUUACCUCAACCGAAAGGGCAUCAAGAAAUGGAUGUACAAUAUCCGUGAUGCCUGCAGGGACCACAUGGAGGGCUACCAUUACAGGUACGAGAUCAACUCGGACCCUCGUCUGGCCAACCUGAGCCUCAACUCGGAUGUGUAAGGAGGUUUUCAGGCUGGUCGAGAUGUGUGAGGUUGAGGGGGGUGAAGUGAUGUGUCUCACACAGUCGAUGAACGGUGACUCAGCUCUCGAUUUGCGUAGUUUCCACAAGCUUUUAUGCCCUGAUAUGCAGUGUGCUGUGCCAGAGAGGACAUUAAUUGGCUUCUGCUAGGGUGGACCGGUGGUGCACGCCACCCGGCAAUUUUCUGUCUGCUGAUGUGUCGUGUCAAGUGUAAAUGUUGUGCAAUGCUGCAUGAAUCAAGAACUCAUUAUAAAAGGUUCAUAAGUUCUUCUCCAGAAAGUAUUUUGGGACAGUGUGGAGUGUGAUGCAAGGAUCUAUGUAAUUUUAAUGAACACAAGAUAUGCACAUUUGUUUGCUUGCAAAAUGACCAACUAAUUCUAUGUGUCUUAACAUUUUCCCCACUUUUUAAACCUUGGAUAAUAUUUGCUCAUGCUUGCAUGUGUUUCUGUACUUUUUCAAUGGUUGUGAUAUCAUACUAUCCACAUUUGAUUAUCAGAGUUGUUCAUUUUUAUAUUCACUUUUGUUGAAUGGACAUGGAUUGACUUUUCUUACGAGUCUGAGUAUGUUCUGCCGAAUAAAAAGGUCUUGCAUUGA